AUGGAGCGCCGCGGAUUGGCGCUUUCGUGGUGGAUUGCCGGCGCGCUUGUCGUCGCGGCCCUCACCAUCGUCCGCGCCGAGCCUCUUGACACCAUGCAAGUCCAAGUCCUCAAGGACUUAAAAGCGGCGUGGGGGUCGACCUUCAACGCCCAAGGCUGGGGUGACGACAAUCCCGACUGCAGCACAACUGCCUACAUCACCUGCGACGGCGACGGGUGGAUCACGAAAAUGAUCCUCAAAUUGAAGAACCUCGGGGGCAGCAUUCCUGCUACAUUCAGUUGGCUUUUUAAACUGCAAACACUUGACCUCUCAUACAACCGGCUCACAGGCAGCCUCCCUAAUACUUUCACGUCGCUCCUUAAAUUGCAAUCCAUAGCUCUACAUAUCAACCAGUUCACGGGCACCUUACCUCAUACCAUUGGUUUUCUUUCAGACUUGACACUCCUAAGAGUUGAUCUCAAUCAGUUAAGUGGGUCGAUCCCUGCCCAAUACGGCAACCUGAAAAAGCUGAUAACUCUGAAUUUGCAUUACAACCAAUUCUCUGGAUCUCUCUCCUUUGAGCUUGGUUCCCUUACAAACCUAAAAACCAUGACCCUGUUUAAAAAUAAGCUCACUGGACCGAUUCCCAACUCGUAUAGCUCGCUUACUGCCCUGACUAACCUCAACGUAUACAACAAUUUACUCUCGGGCUCAUUCCCAGACACCUUCGGCAACCUUAAAAACCUUCAAGCCCUGGUACUUGGUCGAAAUAACUUCAGCGGCUCAAUUCCAGAAGCCUUGUUCUCUCUUACAAACCUCAAUAACCUGCAUCUUGGUAGCAAUCAGCUCACAUGCUCUAUCUCUUUAGGGUUAAGCUCUCUUACAAAACUUAUGGGACUUGACCUGUCAUUCAACAAGCUUACAGGCAGCAUCCCUGAUGGACUCAGUACCCUGAAGCAGCUGUACAGCCUUGACUUGUCAUACAACCAGCUUUCAAGAACCAUCCCAGCAGGAAUCAGUGCUCUCACUCAACUGAACUUUCUGCCACUUCGCAGCAACAACCUCACUGGAUCUAUCCCGGCUGAACUCAGCCUUAUGCCAUCCUUGAGAGAUAU